AUAUUAGCUCGUGGUUGGCUGCAGCUUCAUCUCUUAUCUUUCCUUAGUGCAGCUAGCUACCAGCCUGAGAGAGAACCAUGGCUGAGUCCCUGCUUCUCCCCAUGGUGCGCGCCGUGGCCGGCAAGGCUGCGGACGUUCUCGUCCAGACCAUAACCCGCAUGUGUGGCCUCGACGAUGACCGCCGCAAGCUGGAGCGCCAGCUGCUGGCAGUCCAGUGCAAGCUGGCGGACGCCGAGGUGAAGAGCGAGACCAACCAGUACGUCAAGAGGUGGAUGAAGGACUUCAGGACCGUCGCCUACGAGGCAGAUGAUGUCCUCGAUGACUUCCAGUAUGAGGCACUGCGGCGUGAAGCCCAGAUCGGCGAGUCCAAGACACUCAAGGUACUCAGCCACUUCACGUUACACAGCCCGCUUCUCUUCCGUCUUACCAUGAGCAGGAAGCUCAACAACGUCCUUGAGAAGAUCAAUAAGCUUGUUGUGGAGAUCAACACGUUUGGCCUGGUGGAGAACCGUGUGGAGGCACCACAAGUUCUUCAUCGGCAGACGCACGCAGCACUUGAUCAGUCUGCAGAGAUCUUUGGCAGAGAUGACGACAAGGAGGUGGUAGUGAAUUCGUUGCUUGGCCAGCAAGAUCAGCACCAGGUGCAGGUGCUGCCCAUCUUUGGGAUGGGUGGUUUGGGCAAGACAGCACUUGCCAAGAUGGUGUACAACGAUAGCAGAGUUCAACAACAUUUCAAGCUGAAGGUGUGGCAUUGUGUCUCGGAGAACUUCGAAGCCACUGCCCUUGUUAAGUCAGUCAUUGAAUUGGCUACAAGUGACAGAUGCAACUUGCCUGACACCAUAGAGCUGUUGAGAUGCCGACUUGAGGAAGCUAUUGGCAAGCAGAGGUUUCUACUCGUUCUUGAUGAUGUAUGGAAUGAAGAAGAGAGAAAGUGGGAGGAGGAGUUGGAGCCACUCUUAUGUUCGGUUGGUGGACCGGGAAGCGUUAUAGUUGUCACAUGUCGAAGCCAGCAAGUAGCCUCUAUAAUGGGCACGAUAAAACCUCACGAGCUAGCAUGUCUGAGUGAAGAUGAUUCAUGGGAAUUAUUCUCUAGAAAAGCAUUUAGCAAAGGAGUUCAAGAGCUGGCAGAGUUUGUCACCAUCGGCAAAUGUAUUGUGAAGAAAUGCAAGGGGCUGCCUCUUGCGCUGAAGACAAUGGGCGGCUUGAUGAGUUCAAAACAACAAGUGCAGGAAUGGAAGGCCAUCAAAGAAAGCAACAUUGGAGAUAAUGACAGAGGCAAAGAUGAGAUAAUAUCCAUACUAAAAUUAAGCUACAGACACUUAUCAUCAGAAAUGAAGCAGUGUUUUGCCUUUUGUGGAAUCUUCCCUAAGGAUGCCGAGAUGGAGAAGGAAGUAUUGAUCCAACUAUGGAUGGCAAACUGUUUUAUCAAGGAGCAAGAUUUCAUCCACUCUGCAUAUGACACAAUCAGUUGUAAAAUGCAUGAUUUAAUGCAUGACCUAGCAAAAGAUGUCUCGGACGAAAGUGCAAUAAUAGAAAAACUGAUUGAGCCGAAAGCAUAUGUAGAGCAUGUCCGUCACAUGCAGAUUGGUCCAGGAGUGAAACAAAUCAGUGGAGUACUCAAAGGCACAAGAUACCUCCGCACUUUUUUAAUUCCUUUAAGUUUGCACGGACAUCUUGAGGAGUUGAACUUGAUGUCUUUAAGAGCGCUGCGUUGUGACAGCCAUUCUAUUACCAAUAGCCAGGUCGUAAAUGCAAAACAUUUGCGCUACCUUGACUUCUCUAGUUCGGACAUUGUUAGAUUGCCAGAGUCAAUAUGUAUCUUGUAUUAUUUACAAUCAUUGACGCUGACUGAUUGCUCAAAACUAAGAUAUUUACCGGAUGGUAUGGGAGCAAUGAGGAAGCUCAUCCACCUUAAUCUUCUUGGAUGUAACAGUUUGGAACGGAUGCCUCCUAACAUCGGUCAACUAAACAACCUUCACACACUAACAAAGUUUAUCGUGGGAACUGAAGCUGGUCAUGGAAUUGAGGAGCUCAAAGAUCUGUGUCACCUUGGCAACAGGUUGGAACUCUGCAAUUUGAAAAACAUCAAGAGUGGCUCAAAUGCAAAAGAAGCCAAUCUCCACCUGAAGCAAAAUGUAGGUGAACUGUUCAUGCAUUGGGGACCGGAAGAGCCUCGCAUGCCUGGCGAUGAGGUCAGUAAUGAGGAGCUAGUGUUGGAGUCUCUUUCGCCUCAUAGUAAGCUCAAAACUUUGGAGGUACAUGGAUAUAAUGGCCUGGAAAUAUCACAGUGGAUGAGAGACCCUGGGAUGUUUCGGUGCUUAAGAAAACUCACAGUUUCCCACUGCCCGUGGUGUAAGGAUCUACCUAUAGUAUGGUUGUCAGUUUCUCUUGAGUAUCUGCGUGUAGCAAAUAUGGAUAGCCUGACCACAUUGUGUAAGAGCAUUGAUGGGCAAGCAAGAGGAUACGAUACCUGUCUACAAUAUUUUCCAAAACUAAAGGAGAUGUCCUUAUCUUGUUUAUCGAGUUUGGAGAGAUGGACGGAGAAUAGUGCAGGACAUCCCAAUAGCCUGAUAAUGUUUCCGGUGCUUGAACGGAUAAGCUUAUGGAGCUGUCCAAAACUUCCAAGUGUUCCUGUCUGCCCCGUUCUGGAAAACCUGGCGAUAUGGCAAUGCUGUAGUGUUCCAAUCAGUUCAUUCUUGCAUCUAACAGUGCUGUCUAUGCUUGAGUGGGAUGGAACCGGUAUUAUUCCUCAAAGCAUGCCUUUGGAUUCUUGGUCAUCUGUUGUGAGGUUAACUGUUAGGUCGCUGGCAAACCGAUCUUUUGGAACACUUCAGAAUUUGAGUCUGAAUGACCCCACCUCUUUCGUGCCAACAUCUGGAUUGUCCAAGUCGCUCCUUGGUUUUCCGGAAUGGUUUUCCUCUGUGGAAGAUUUGGAGUUUUUACAAUGCGAAGAAUUUGUCCACUGGCCAGUGGAGGAGCUCCGGAGCUUCGCUCGCCUCCGCACUCUGAGUAUUUUGUUUUGUGAUGACCUGGAAGGGAACUGUUCAUCGUCUGAGGAGACCCUUCUGCUGCCUCAACUUGAAAGGUUACUGAUUAGCACAUGUGACAGUUUGCUGGAGAUUCCGAAGCUGCCUGUGUCCCUUGAGACCUUGGCUAUUCAUGAAUGCAACCGUUUGGUGGCACUGCCGUCGAACCUUGGAGAUCUGGCCAAGCUUACGUAUCUCAAUGUGGCUAGAUGUGCUGGUCUGAAAGAGCUGCCUGAUGGGAUGGAUGGCCUCACUUCGCUUGAGCGAUUGGCAAUAGAGGCGUGUCCAGGGAUAGAGGAAUUCCCACAUGGUCUCCUCGAGCGGCUCCCAGCCCUCAAACUCCUACGCAUAGCGGAAUGCCCCAAGUUGCAAAGACGCUGCAGAGAAGGCGGGGAGUAUUUCCACUUGGUCUCCUCUAUUCCGAACAAACAGAUUCCAGAAGCAGAAUCCCAGCACGAAGAAACAGGAUCCAGCAUGAAGAAGCUUGUAAGGAGGCUCCUCCCCUCCUGUGCUGACUCUUAACUCUCAGUAAGGUUGAGAAGAACCAGGUAGCAGCUGAUUAUAAUAUAACCAACGUUUCCAGGCUCGAGAAGAAGCAAGAAAAUAAUGGGAGUUCAAACGGUUCGGGACUCCUUUCAUUUGAGCUACUCAACAGGAAAGCAACGAAGCAAGCAGCCGUAUCAUCAGAGUUAAUUAAGCUGAUGUAUUAGUGUCCUUUUGCUGGAUGCUUGACGGGCUAGCAACCAAGUAGUACCCUGUUGGUUAAUUAGCGAUUUCCUAUUUCUUUGUCUUGCCCAAGUUCUUUCAGAAUCGAUUGUAUCUUAUUUUGUUCAAGUGUACAUUCCAAGCUAGGAGAACGCAUAAUAUUCUGGAUAAUUUGUUAGGUCUGAGAUGAGAAUCCAUCUUCACCUGCUGGCUCUGA